AUGGUUAGGGGAGAUGGCAAAAGCAAAGCGAUGCCUCUCAGGCAGGCUGCAACUCGACGCAGCUCUCGCAUGGCAUCUUCCCAGGCAGGCCACGAGAGGACAGACACCUCGCGGAAGGUCGAGACGGCAGUCAUGGUCUCUGUUCCAGUGAAGGAUACGUCCAAGUAUCGCUCAGCGUCGUCCUCGUCGUCACGGGCCGGCGAGAGCACUGCAGGGGACUCGACCAACGCCUACAGCACUCCGGCAACGACGGCCAAUGUAACCCCCAACAAUGAGUCGGCCUCGAGUACUCGUCGUUCUGGCCGAGUAAAUGCUGCAGCACGGGCCCUGGAGCUGAGAAAUAGCUCCCUUGGCCUUAAUGGCAGGAAGAGAGCGGCUCCGGCCACCACGAACCCCAGAAAGAGUCAGCCAGAGACAAUUGAUGAUGCCAAGCUGGCUGCGGCGUUGCAGGAGGAAGAAUACAAUGCUGCACCUAGUAUCAAGAAGCAGAAGAUGAACAGUGGCCGUCCAAGCAAGUCGAGAGUGAUACCAGACACGGACACAGAUACAGACUCAGAAUCAGACUCAGGUUCAGACUCAGAUUCAGACUCCGGCCUAUCGUACCAGUCAUGCAUGCCGUCUAUGCCGGACUGGUCAGACAUGUCAGACAUGUCCAGUUUGUUAGAUACGUCAGACUCCGAUUUAACCGAUUCGGGGAGUGAGACGGAUCCUUUGAUACGUUUUCGCAAUCCCCCUCCUACGCGUUCUAUGGUACAGCGGCGACGAACAGGAGGACCACAAAUGACAAGGGCUCAGCGAGAACGCAAGAAACUUGAGACUCAGCACCCGGGUAUCGUCGACAUGUGGGAGAAGCUCGAGGCUACCCCUAUUCUUGCACCAGCUCCUGCUGCACAGCCGGCAGAUAUAAAUCGAAAGCUGAAGCCUUUUCAGCUUGCAGGCCUCAGCUGGAUGCGAGCACAAGAAGAAUCAGAGUGGAAAGGCGGUUUGCUUGGUGAUGAGAUGGGCAUGGGGAAGACCAUCCAGGCUGUUUCUUUGCUAAUGUCGGACUACCCGGUUGGACUACCUUCGUUGGUCGUUGUGCCUCCCGUAGCCCUGAUGCAGUGGCAGUCGGAGAUUGAAUCUUAUACGGACGGCAAGCUGAAAGUGUUUGUCUAUCAUGCUGCCAACUCAAAGGUCAAGAAUAUCACGAUCAAGGAGUUAAAGUCCUACGAUGUCAUUAUGGUUUCAUAUUCCGGCCUAGAAUCCAUGCACCGCAAAGAAGUCAAAGGCUGGAAACGAGAUGGCGGGCUCGUCAAGGGAACCAGCAUGCUUCACUCGAUAAAAUUUCACAGACUGAUACUCGACGAAGCACAUAAUAUCAAACAACGCACUACUAGCGUAGCAAGAGCCUGCUUCGCUCUGAAAUCAAAGUACAAAUGGUGUCUAUCUGGAACACCUGUGCAGAACCGAAUCGGCGAGUUCUUCUCUCUCCUGCGGUUCCUGGAGGUAGAGCCGUUUGCAUGCUACUUUUGCAAAACGUGUAAAUGCGAGGCUCUCCAUUGGAGUCAGGAUGCGCAGAAGAAGUGCACGCUCUGUAAACAUAGUGGAUUUAAUCAUGUAUCGGUGUUUAACCAGGAGAUCCUCAACCCGAUCACGGAAGGAAGACGCGAUCCGUCAAAACGGAGAGAGGCAUUGGCCAAGUUACGUCUUCUCACCGAUAGGAUCAUGCUACGAAGAGUGAAAAAGGACCAUACGUCUUCCAUGGAGCUUCCGCCAAAACGCAUUGAAAUCCACCGUGAAUUCUUCGGAGAAAUCGAACGAGACUUCUCAUCUAGCAUCAUGACAAACACCUCCCGCCAGUUCGACCGAUACGUCAGCCGCGGUGUCAUGCUAAACAACUACGCCAACAUCUUCGGUCUCAUCAUGCAAAUGCGACAAGUCGCCAAUCACCCCGAUCUCAUCUUAAAGAAACACUCCGAAGGCGGCCAAAACAUCCUAGUCUGCUGUAUCUGCGAUGAACCAGCCGAAGAAGCCAUUCGGUCCCGAUGUCGUCAUGAAUUCUGCCGUCAGUGCGCAAAGGAAUACAUGGCCUCGAUUCAAUACGGGUCUGAACCAGACUGUCCACGCUGUCACCUGCCUUUAUCCAUCGACUUUGAACAACCUGAUAUCGAGCAGGAUGAGAGCGGGGUGAAGAAGAACUCGAUCAUCAACCGUAUCAAGAUGGAGAACUGGACCUCGUCGACUAAGAUCGAAAUGCUGGUAUACGAUCUAUACAAACUCCGAAGCAAGAAGAGAACAAAUAAAUCCAUCGUCUUCUCGCAGUUUACUUCCAUGUUGCAGCUGGUGGAGUGGAGGCUGCAUAGAGCAGGUAUCAGCACCGUCAUGCUAGACGGCAGCAUGACGCCCGUCCAACGACAGAGGUCAAUCGAUUACUUCAUGACCAAUGUAGACACUGAGGUUUUCCUCGUCUCUCUCAAGGCCGGUGGUGUCGCUCUCAACCUCACAGAGGCAUCGAGGGUGUUUAUCGUUGAUCCAUGGUGGAAUCCAGCAGCAGAAUGGCAGUCCGCAGAUCGAUGCCAUCGAAUUGGCCAACGGCGACCAUGUGUGAUUACUCGACUCUGCAUCGAGGACUCGGUCGAAUCGCGAAUGGUGUUACUUCAGGAGAAAAAAGCGAACAUGAUUAACGGGACUAUUAACAAAGAUCAAAGCGAAGCGUUGGAGAAGCUGACGCCGGAAGAUAUGCAGUUUUUGUUCCGUGGGAAUUAG